CUUGGAGUUUACCUGCCUCUCAAGAGUCUCUGACUGACUGACAGGCUUGUGCUUCCCCCAGGAUGGACAAAUGGAUAGUACUGCUCUUUCUGCAAGUCUCACUGGUGCUCCCCCUGGCUAACAGGGCAGACCCUGCCUUGCGCUUCGUAGCUAUGGGGGACUGGGGUGGAGUCCCCAAUGCCCCAUUCCACACAGCACGGGAAAUGGCCAAUGCCAAGGAAAUUGCCAGGACUGUGCAGAUGAAGAGAACAGAUUUCAUCAUGUCUUUAGGGGACAAUUUCUACUUCAGUGGAGUGCAUGAUGCCAGUGACAAGAGGUUCCAGGAGACCUUUGAGGAUGUAUUCUCUGACCCCUCUCUCCGCGAUGUGCCCUGGUAUGUGCUGGCUGGCAACCAUGAUCAUCUUGGCAAUGUUUCAGCACAGAUUGCCUACUCCAAGAUUUCUAAGCGCUGGCACUUCCCCAGCCUUUACUACCGCCUGCGUGCCAAAGUCCCACAGUCCAAUGUUUCUGUGGUCAUCUUCAUGCUGGAUACAGUGACUUUGUGUGGCAAUUCAGAUGACUUCGUCAGCCAGCAGCCAGAGAAGCCUCGCAAUCUGGCAAUGGCCCGUUCACAGAUGUCCUGGUUCAAGAAGCAACUGGCAGAAGCCAAGGAGGACUACGUGCUGGUGGCUGGCCACUAUCCUGUCUGGUCUAUUGCUGAGCAUGGGCCUACCCACUGCCUGGUGAAGCAACUGUCCCCACUGCUGGCCAAGUACAAGGUCACUGCCUACCUAAGCGGCCAUGACCAUAACCUUCAGUACCUUCAGGAUGAGAACGGUGUGGGCUAUGUGCUGAGUGGGGCUGGCAACUUCAUGGAUCCCUCAAAGAAGCACCAUCGCAAGGUCCCCAAUGGCUACCUGCGCUUCCAUUAUGGGGCUGAGGAUUCACUGGGUGGCUUCGCUUAUGUGGAGAUUGACUCCAAAGAGAUGAGCGUGACUUACAUCGAGGCUUCAGGCAAAUCCCUCUUCAAGACCAAGCUGCCAAGGAGGGCCAGGCCCUAAGCACCCAUGAAGGCUCCACUGUGGGGGCUGAGGCAGAGGAAACUCCCUUGAGGGGUCCCACUGGAGCCCCCACCUAUGGGCCUGUGAUACUAUGACAGAGCAAGGAGACUCGCAGCCUAGAAAUCUUUAUGGUGAAAAUGCACAUGUAUGUGAAAGAAGCAUGGACAUGCGAACCAGCCAGAAAGCCACCUCCCAGGCCUGGGCUCACCCAUCCUGUUUCAGCUAGUAGGGGAGUGAGGGGAGAGAGUGGAGCAGGCAGAGAGGGGAAGCUUUCUCCUGAGUCAUGCAUUCUCUGUCACCGCCAAACUUUCAAUAAAAGA